AUGAUGGUCAUCAAGGCGAUCAGUUACUUGAACAUUCAAGAUCCACAGAAGAAGAAAAUGACGCAGAUUUUGGACCCUGAAGGCGGAUUCCGUUGCAUUGCACAAGCUGUCCGUGGUGACGAGAGUUGUGCACUCAAAGACGGUAUCUGCGAAGGAAUCAUGGAUAAGAUUGUUGUUGCCAAUAUACUGAAAAACUUCGUUCAAUACCCACCAGAGGAUUGCUGGUUUGAAGCCUUGGAUUGUCCACAAAUUGUUGCCGACGUCUACAAUCGGGCUGUUGCCGUGUAUUCCGAAACAGACGGCAAUGUCUUGUAUCCCCCUCUCCGCUCUGAAGCACCCGAAGUCUUCAAAAAGUAG